AGCAAAGCGUGCUGCGGCCUGCUCCAGCCUCGAUCCACGGCCUGUCGUGAAAUGAAUUCCUCCUAGAAAGCGGCCUUGAUGUAAACAGAGGGAGGGGGUGGGGGGAUGCUGAAUUCCUGCUAACAGGUGAGACACAGCUCAGGGGGUGGCUAUCACCGUAAUACUCCUGAUAUAUGGGCACAUGGGCAGCCCCUGCCCCCAUCCCUGAUACAGACUGCACUUUAAUACUGUCCUACAAUAAUAAUAAUAAUAAUAAUAUUAUAAUAUAACUGCUGGGAUACCCAUUUCCGGCUCCUCCAGGCUAUAUAUAUAAUAUAUCUCACACACACAGUGUAAUACAUGUGUCCUCCCCACUUCCUGGCACCAAGAAUACCCUGUAGUGUUUACAUUUUGACUCUGCAGUUGUUAUGGUUAUCACCCCUAUGGUGCUCAGCCAUCCAUUCUGUAAAUACAAUAAACAAAAUAAAACACCCUGCAGGGUCCAUACUCUACCCCCCACCUUCCUCUCUGUGCCACGUGGUUAGCAUUCACACUGUAUGAACAGGUUUAUAUAUAUAUAUACUGUAUAUACUUCUCAUAUCACAAUUGUGUACUUUAAAUUUUUGUGUUUAAUAUACUGUUUAGGGCUAACAAGGUAAUUGUGAAUGGUAAUUGGAAAAAAAGGCAUGGGAUUGUUUUUUUAUUUUUUUUAUUUAGUAAAUUAUCAGGCAAAAUAAAAGACUCUGCAGUUGUUAUGGUUAUCACCCCUAUUGUGCUCAACCAUCCAUUCUGUAAAUACAAUUAAAAAAAAACACCCUGCAGGGUCCAUACUCUACCCCCCACUUUUCUCUCUGCCACAAAAUCAGGUUAAAACUUAACUUGCAUUCAGAUGUCGACAUAGAGGUCUAGGAAGGACCACCAAAUAAGAUAGAUUAAAAAAUUUAUUUAUGUAUAUUUAUUGCUGAUACAAUUUUCCGCACAGCUCCUAAAGUAAUGCUAUUGCUGACAAAUACUACAAACAAAGUAAUCGAGCUGCAAAAGUAGUUAAUGUGUGUAUGCAUAUUGAAAAAUAUUUUUUACUCCUUGUGUUACAAAAAUACAAACUGAAAUCAUAGAUAUUUUAUGUACUCUGUAAAUCAAGAGAAAUAAAUUAAUUCACUGAAAUUCAAAAUGUAGGGACUACUUUGUCUCAGUAUUUCUCCUAUGCCUGACACUUCUACACACUUUGUGGAGCUACUGCCUGCUAGAAGUGUCAAGUUCCUAGCUUUCACCUGUGAAAUUGGUUCUGUCUAUGAAGGUCUCGUGUGACCCACCAUAGAUCUUAAUGCGGAUUGCACAUAUUAUGCAUGCAUUAUUAUUAUUAUUACUAAAACUGUGGGGAGAAAAAAAAAUUUUGAUAUUUUUUUAAUAAUAAUAAUAACAAAGUAUUUAACAAAUAAGUAUACAAGUGAAGAUUCCAGAAGGUGGAAGACUCUUUAACCCCUUAAGGACCAAUCUUCUGGAAUAAAAGGGAAUCAUGACAUGUCACACAUGUCAUGUGUCCUUAAGGGGUUAAGCAGAAUCUUCAAAUGACUCAUUGGUGGGGGUAUUAGCUGCAUGAUACACAUCCUGAUAUUAAUAUCUGUUUUUCUUUCAGUGUAUUCUGGUUUAAAAACUUGUUGCCAUGGGGGAUAUCGACCGAGUGGUGUGCAAAAUCCAGGGAUUUGAUGCUGAAACACAGAAUCUUCUCAAGACCGCUCUGAAAGGUCAGGAAGUGGCGUAAUUUGCAGUUUAUAUUAACCAUAAAAAUUGUGCCCAAUGACCAUAGUAUAUUACUAAUGUACCGAUUUUAUUUUGAGUACCUGCGAAUGUUGUGAAUGCUAUAUAUUUAGGAUAGUUAAAGGGACACUAUAGGCUCCAAACAACUUUAGCUUUUUUGUGUAUAGAUCAUGCCUCUAAAGUUUUAAUUCACUGCCAUUUAGGAGCUAAAUCACUUUUGUUUCUGUUGAUGCAGCACUACCCAUACCUCCCCUGGCUGUGACUUACACAGCCUACAUGAAAACAAAAUGGUUUCACCUUCAAUCAGAUUAAACUUACUUUAAAAGAUUUUAACUCCUGCUCUGCAAAUUGAACUUUAUUCACACAUCGGAGGCUCCUGCAGGAUCCAACAAACUAUUAACAGAGCAGGAGAUAAGAAAUUCUAACUUUAACCGAAUUUGCAAUUAAAGGAAGUGUAAACAUUAGAUGACUCUUUUAUAGGAAGUGUUUAGGAAGGCUGUGCAAGUCACAUGCAGGGAGAUGUUGGUACGGCUGCAUAAACAAAGUGAUUUAACUCCUAAACAGCAGAUAAUUGAACAGAGAGACUGCAGGGGCAUGACCUAUACACCAAAACUGCUUAAUUAAGCUUGUUUUGGUGACUAUAGUGUCCCUUCAGGUUUUUGAUGACUUCAUCAUAGUGUUCAUACUGCUGGUGUAUUCAUUAGGUAAUAACUUUAAGGCCCUUCACUAUGUGAGGAAGCAUAAUGAUGUGAUAAAGUGUAAACGUUUUAUUUACUUGGUAUCUUAUCACUUAGUAUAUUAUGAGAUGUUUUGAUAUUUUCUGUUGCAUUGUACAUUAAUGUUGCUGUAUAAUGGGAAAUAUUUUAUUUGUAACUGUUAGUAGUAUGUACUGUAAAUGUAAUAGUAAUUGACCAAGGCUGCUGAAGGGAGAUGAGGUCCAGCUGGUCUCCUGAACACAUUUAAACAUCCUCUGUCCAUUAAAUAUCACCAACCCUGUGAGAACUCUCGGCCUGAGAGAACUCUGGAGUAUUAUAUACUGAAAGGAUAUACAAAGUGCUCUAUAUAUGCUGCCAGUGCUCUAUAGAGAAGAAUUUGUAUAUGCAGUAUACAGUAAGAAUUACAAAAAGUACUCCAACACAAUAUAGCAACAGUGUUUGUUUAUUCUAGCGAUAGUAUAUGCACAGGCUCAGUAUCCAGUUAGCAUACCCGAAAGCAGAGCAUAUAAGACAUUUGCGCUGCUUAUAAACACGACGCUUAAUACUGAUCAGUAUACAGGCUGUGAAAAUGUAUACAAGACUCCUUACACAGUGAUACCUAUUGGUCUUCUUACUAAACUCUGAAUCUAACGGUUAGGUUCAUUAAAAAAAUAGCAGGGACACAUUUGGCUGAAAUCCCUUUACAUUUUGUUGUUGGUGAAUACAGCCAAAUUUGUAAAUGCAUAUUUGCCUGUUACUAAGUAGACUUCUGUGUCUCUGUGACAACUGGCCUUUGAACUAUCUAUCUGCUUUUUUCCAAACCUAGAAACAGACUUAAAUUUUGCUUUAUUGUUUAAAAGAUAGCAAUGUUUUAAAUCCAGAACGUAUAGUAGCAGGAAAUAGCUAAGCCGUUUUAUCUCUUUUAGAGAUCUAAUUUUAUUUCCCCCUUUCUGACUGUGUCGUGGUUUCAGAAUCAUGCAUUUAUGUACUUAUCUCCCUGCUUUUCUACUUCAUAAUAUUAUGACAUUGGAAUGCAUGCUUGUCUACCUGUUGAAGAAAUACUGGCACUUAUUUGCAGCAUUAAUUUAUUUCUUUUCUUUUCAUAACAGAACCAGACAGCGUGGACUUGGACAAAGUGGCAAAUGUAAUAGUGGAACAGUCUCUGAGAGAUGCCACGUUCAGCAGAGAAGCUGGAAAGAUGUGCUAUACAAUCAUCCAGGUAAGAGGUCAAGAAGCCUGUUACCAACCUGAAGUGAUGACUGACACAGACCCAUUCAAGGGAACUCGUUAAAGCACAGACUUCAUGGUUGCACUAACACAUGAGUGGCUAUGUUCAUAGUCUACUUUGUAACAAGGUUAUAUAACUGCCCCAUGGUACAAUGCAAUUGGAAUUUCUAGUAAGCUACAGCAAUUGUAAAUAUGUCUAUUUAUUGAGUGAAAAAAUGUGCAGUCCGUUUCAGUGGCAUGUGGAAGAAUUUAUUUUCCUAACGUAUGUUUAGUGGGGACUCAAAUUAUGGUGAUCAUUCCUUAGGAACCACAAAGACAGCUACAGAAAAGUGUUAUAUUGGCAUCUCCUUCCCUCCUUCUUAGAUAAAGGCUAUCGCCCCCAUGAUUCCAGAAGAAUAUGUAGCUUUAAUGGCGGAUAGUGGGAUUGCAGCCGUAAUUCAACUAUUCACAGUUUAUCACCAGACUUAGGCUUGCGUUUCUCCCUUCUGAUAGUGGAACACACACUGGGGCAUUUACAUUCAGUGCUAACACUGUAGAGUGGUGUGCUGGUAGCAGCCAUGUUAGAGGAGUCAGCGGUUAAGAGUGGAACGCACACACUUGUUGUGCUGAGUUUUAUGACUAUUUGCCAGUAUUGCUGCGCAUGCGUUUGGGAGGUCAAUAUUUGUAGGAGUUUAUUUGGUGCCCCCAGAAGAAAGGGUCAGUUAUAUAAUCAAGAAUCUCAACAUUCCAAAAAGGACUCCAAACUUUUACUGCAAAUUGGGAAAAAACUAUCUGCAACCCCUGCCAUAAAAAUUGUUCACCUAUGUUGAGAAAUUAUGGAUUCAAUUCAGAUGAUAUGCAAAUCUAGCUUCUCAAUGAAGAAUACAAACUUCUAAGUUAAAUUGUGAUAGAACGUAUUACUAAACACCAAGUAAGCUCUGGGGUCCAUUUGACUUUAUUUUUAGUAUCAGAUUGCACAUUUAGAUCCUUUUUACAUCUAAUAAGAGCUAACAAAAUAGUAGUUUCCAUCCAAUUUCUUUUUCUCCAUCACAUCCAUUCUACGAAGAAGUAAGUAGAAGUAUAGAUCAGGGUGUUGCAGUGGAUGUGAUCUACUUGGAUUUUGCCAUGGCAUUUGAUACGGUUCUUUUAGUCUUCAAACUAAAAGAAAUUGGUCUAGAUGAAUAUUCUUGUUCUUGGGUAGAACAUUGGCUUAAGGAUAGAGUACAACGAGUUGUAAUUAAUGGUAAAUUUUCAGGCUGGACAAAAGUGGUAAGUGGUGUCCCUCAGGGUUCUGUUUUGGGACCACUUCUAUUUAACAUAUUUAUAAAUUAUCUUGAAAUAGGCAUUGAAAGCCAUGUAUCAGUGUUUGCAGAUGACACAAAACUUUGUAAAGUAAUAAAAUGUGAGCAGGAUAUUGCUUUGCUGCAGAAGGAUUUGGAUAGAUUGGGGGACUGGGCACUAAAAUGGCAGAUGAAAUUUAACAUAGAGAAAUGCAAAGUUAUGCACUUCGAGGUUAAGAAUGCACAAGCAACUUACACACUAAAUGGUAGUGAAUUAGGGAUAACCACACACGAGAAGGAUUUGGGAAUUGUUAUAGACAACAAAUUAGGCAGCAAUAUGCAAUGUCAAUCUGCAGUUGCUAAGGCCAGUAAGAUUUUGUCAUGUAUAAAUAGGGGCAUAAAUUCUCGGGAUAAAAAUAUAAUUUUGCCUCUUUAUAAAUCGCUGGUAAGACCACACCUUGAAUAUGCUGUGCAAUUUUGGGCGUCUGUUCUAAAGAAGGAUGUCAUGGCACUGGAGAGGGUCCAGAGACGAGCUACAAAAUUGAUAAAAAGAAUGGAGCAUUUUAGUUAUGAAGAAAGGUUUAAAAAAAUGAAAUCUGUUUAGUUUGGAAAAACGGCGCCUGAGAGGGGAUAUGAUAACUUUAUACAAAUAUAUUCGGGGCCAGUACAAACCUUUAUCUGGAAAUCUAUUCAUAAACCGGGCUAUACAUAGGACACGCGGUCACACAUUUAGGCUGGAAGAAAGGAGAUUUCAUCUAAGGCAAAGAAAAUGUUUUUUUACAGUAAGAACAAUAAGGAUAUGGAAUUCUCUGCCUGAAGAGGUGGUUUUGUCAGAGUCCAUACAGAUGUUUAAACUGAAAUUGGAUAAAUACUUACAAAAACAUAACAUACAGGGAUAUAAUUUCUAAUUAGUGGGGUAAUAGCUGAUUGAUCCAAGGAGACAUCUGAGUGCUAUUUUGGGGUCAAGAAGGAAUUUUUUCCAAGUUUGUGGCAAAAUUGGAAGUGCUUCAGACCAGGUUUUUUGCCUUCUUUUGGAUCAACAGCAACAACAUUUGUGAGGAAGGCUGAACUUGAUGGACACAAGUCUCUUUUCAGCUAUGUAACUAUGUAACAUCCAGUUCACAAGACACCCCAAAAUACAGUACAAUCGUAUUGUGUCUUUAAAUCUUCAAGGUGUAUAUCUCUACCUACCUAUAGAUCCUUUUUUUAAUUUUUUCAAUAUAAUAUAUGAUUUAUAUAAGCGGUCUUCUUUACUUCCAUUCUGCGCCUUCCGAUCUGGAUUAACUUUGAUCUUCACCAAAGAUUCUGGUGGUCUUACACAACAAGGAGUAACAAUAGUUUUCGUUUUGAGACUGGCUUAUCGUGACAUCUUGCAUGGGGGGCUCUCCUGAAAGAUUUAGAAAGUCCUUACUUCUUCCUUCAAGAAGAAUUACUUUCUUGGGUUUUAUUAUAGAUUCAGUGGAAGAAACAAUCGAUUCCAAGAGAGAAGCAAAUAAAGACUAGACCUGAAAUCAGGGGAACUUCACUAUCAGGAAAGCAAUGAGAGUUCUAUUUUUCUGAACUGCUCUUAUUGCCACAGUCAAAUGGGCAAGAAAAUCAUUUGAAUGACUGGGAUCACUCCAUAAAGACUUGUCUGAUUCUGAUCUAUCCAAAUAAGGCUAGGCCUUUCUUUUCAUUACUCACAUUUGAUCACCAUUACCCACAGACACUUGGGUAGGUAAUAUAGAUUAAAUUUAAUCGAGACUGGAGAUGGUGUGGCAGAGCUUAAAUCAUUUCAAGCAGCAGACCUUCCAGCAGGCAGUUCUAGUAUGCCCACACAAUCAAAUGUCAAGGAUUCACUCACACCGUUUAGAGGUCCUUUGUGCAAUUUACAUCAAAGGCUUUAUUUGGCUUUUGCUCCUUUUCAAACACGUGGACUCUUCCAUGAAACUUUUCAUGUUUUUAAAGCUGUCUUUUUGAUAGCCAUCAUUUUGGCCAAACCUUCUGGUGGACUUUUUUAGGCUUUAUCAUCUAUGCCUCCAUACACAAGUUUGUUCGCGAAGAAUGAGGUGGCUUUAAAGUUGCAACCAUCGGUUUUCAAUUAAACUACCAUCAUUCUGGGUGUAGUAUUUCCAUCUUUUUUUUUUCACCAUACAACUUCAGAUUUGAGAGAUUUCAUUGUCUGGCCUUUGCAGAGACUUUGUAGAGUGCUUGCAGAGAACAAGUUCAAAAUUCAUUACCUCAAUAGCAUUUAAAACUUUUCUGGAGUUGCCUGUAUAGUUCUUAGAGCAGGAAGGCUUACCCGAACGUGAGUACUACCUCAAAUGCUCAGCAAAAAAGAACUUAACAGUGAGAAAAAAAAGUCUGUUUGUGCAAGUUUCCUUCUCUCUUACAUUCUUUUAGUGUGGGAAGUAAACAAGAAAUUGAAAGUAUGAAAAUUAAAUGGUUUUAUAAAAAAAAAAAAAAAAAACUACACGUUAUAAUUUCUCUCUGAGUGGUUUGAUCUGUGAUUUGUUUUAAAAAUAAAAAAAAUAAUCUUUUCUUUCAAUAAUUUGCUGUCAACAUCCUUUAUUGCCGUAGGCUGAAAGUAAGAAGACAGGCCGUAAUGUAUUCCGUAGUGGCCUUCUGAAUCGGCUUCAGAACGAGUAUCUGAAUCGGGAAGAAAUGAAAGCUCGAUCGGUUCAGGAGUGGGUGUGCUACGUGACUUUCAUCUGCAAUGUCUUUGACUAUCUAAGGGUGAGAUGAGAGUGGAAAGUAACCUUAAGGAAUGUUAUCAUUAUUUAUGCCUUUUCAAGAUUGUGUGCCUCAGUGUUAGACGUUGUUGGGAGGAAUGGUAUUUGUCUUGAUAAGUCAUUGUAAAGAAUCCAUUGUAUUUCAUUACAUGUGACUCUAUUUCAUCAUAUUAGGAUGGCAAUAUCUAAAUCCUGUUUAAUUUUUCUCAAGGUUGAUCUUUUGAGAUACUCUUGUAAUGAUGCCGAUUUUAAAGAAUGAGAAUGAUAGAAUUGCUGAUGGAAAAAAUUCAGAAUUCCCCAUUUUAAAUAGCCCAAGUAUCUUCUUUUACAAAUGAUAUUCCAUGAUGUGGGUAAAGUGCAGUAGGGAGCUAUAUUGUCUUUGUGACACUUUUGGUUGAAGUUAGUGAUAAAAUAGUUAGAUAAAAAUGUCUAAAUGCUCUUGGUUGAAUAAACACUACAAGUACCAUAACCACUACUGCUCACUGUAGUGGUUAUGGUGCCAGUAGUGCCCUUGCGCAGUCCAAUGGUAAAAUGUAAAGCUACUGAUUGAUGUCCAGCAUGGUCCUGCUUUGCUCUGUAAACAAAUCAGUCUUCUCCUGCUUGAGAAUACUGGAUGCAAUGAGGUUGCUUAAAGCAGGUUCACAUCUUGAGAUGCAUUAGGUUCUCAUGGCACUCUUGACUACAGUGGGCUACAGUAGCCCUUUAAAUACAUUCAGAUACGUUGAGCUAUGUGGGGUUGGGUUACAAGGUGACAGGGAAGGUUUCAGUGAAGACUGGUGCAGACAGGUGAACGACAUGUAAUCCUCAGGCGAUAGUUUCUUACAAACUGCUUAGGUGACAACCGGCCGUGUUUUUGUUUGUGUGCGUUUUGUUUUUUCUUGCCUGUGAUAAAUAUGUUCAUGUGAUCAAAUGUUAAAUGUUAUUAAGUAGACAAAGAAUGGAUUCACUCUUUUUCAGGUAAAUAAUAUGCCAAUGUUGGCUUUGGUCAAUCCUGUGUAUGAUUGCUUAUUCCAACUUGCAGAGCCCGAAAGUCUGAGAAGGGAGGAAGAGGUGAGUUGAGGAGUAAACUCCGAACACCGUCCAACUCUUAAUCCUGCUUUAUCUUAACAAUGUAUCAAUGUACAGGAAAACAAUAAAUAAAACACAGGUUUCUGUGAUAUGAGAGUGUGUUUAGAUUGUUAUGAAUAUCCAAAGAUUAUUCCCGCAUAGUAUUCAGAACAGUACUGUGCCACAUAAUGGUGGUGGUACUUCCAUCACAAUAAUACAAGCAUUUUGGUUCAGGGAUAAAUCAGAUAACCAUUUUGAAGCAAUGAAUGAUUCCCCCACCUGUUUUUGUUUUUUGGGGGUUAAAAUAGCCUAAAUGAAUAUAGAGCUGACUUGGCCUAAAAUUGUAAAUUCGCCUUAAUUUCAAACUUUAGUGAAUAGCAAUAUAGUGAGCUUAGGUCUAUGUUCAAUCUAAAAUGCUCUGUCUCUAUAGUGCUGCGAUGUCUUCAUCUAUGGUCUGUGUCAGAUCUGAUCCUUUCAUAAAAAUUAAACUUCAAUAGCCGAAUGAUCUGUUUUCCACUAACUACAUUUUGUAUUAUAGGUAGACUGCCUUGUGCUACAGCUCCAUCGUGUGGGGGAGCAGUUGGAGAAAAUGAAUGCCCAGCGCAUGGAUGAGCUCUUCUCUUUACUGAGAGACAGAUUUCUCCUGCAGGGAGACCUUAGUUCAAUGGCUCAGCUCUUGUUGCUUGAGAUGAUUGAAUUUCGGGCAGCUGGCUGGAAAAUGACAGACGCCGCUCACAAAUAUUACUACAGCGAAGUGUCAGAGUGACUCCAACGUAGGAUGGAUUUUCAUCUAAUAGUGGUCACGAACCAUGAGAGCCAUAAUUUAUAGGAUAUUUGAUGCCUUAACUGGAGAGGAUAAGCAGCCUCCGAUAUCCUUGCAACUACAACCACCAUCCUGCACCUCCCACUGGAAGUCCUCCUGUUAAUGUCCUGCCUUCUUAGGAGAUGGUGGAACUUUAUGGAACUCUGCAAGAUUGUUUUAUUUAUUUAUGUUUACUUUACAAUCUCACUUCUUCCCAGUCCACAUCAAAGUGCCCUUUGGAGCAGAUUGUGGAACAGCUGUGGUGCUUCCAAAAUGCCUGGUCCAGCUCAACAUAGAACCCAUGGAUGUCGACCAUCUUGGCCUCAGGAUAACACCUUUACCACCCGCCCUCCAUAUGACUGUUAUAACCUUUCUCAAGUUUCUUAGGACAUGGUCGCUACUAGAUCUUGUGGCUGACAUGAAGGUGGUGUACUUGCAAAGAUUUCUGAGAUUGUUUUGCCUCUCCAUUAGAAAGAUCGAAUAUCCCAUAAGUAAUGGCUCCAGUGGAGUGUGAUCACACCAAAAACAAUGAAUUUAUGGGAACGCUCUAUUUGGUUUUAAAUCAUAGGUAAAGGAAUUUAUUCUACUUUUAGCCGCCAGAAGAGUUUGGAAUACUUUGCACCUUUUUUCAAAAAUUACUUUAUUCAAGCACAUUUUAAAGACUUUGUAAAAGACAAGACUUUGCUCUGAACCUGGACGAUAAUCAGAAUGACAGCGCAAGGAUUUUUUUAAAUUUACAGCCGAACCGAUUUAUAAGCAGCAACAGAUUGUGGAUUUCUGUAUAAUAAUAUACAAUGAUUCUACAAAAGCAAACAUUUUAACAACACAGGUACAAAAGAACUGAAGUGUCAUGUUUAGGGCAGCACUACCCGAAUGGAUUGAUAUGGGUAACCUGCAGCCCAAAAGGGUUGUUGAUUGGAUGAAAUUUGCCAAAAACUCAAGACAGCAUCAUUCAGUCCUCAAAAUCAAAAUUAGAUUUAUUUAUUUUUUUAUUUUUUUUAAAAGAUCUACUUAAAGGGAAUCAAGUUUAUAAAAAAAAAUAAAGACAGACAGAAACCAGUUUCAAAUGGCAUUAAGAUUCAUGUUCUGCCUUGGUGGCUAGCUAAUAAUAUAGAGAUUAAAUAUUUAGCUGAAAACAGUUCUGCAUCGUAUCUUUCAGAAUCUCUUCAUUUUAUAAUUACAUUUUUAUUAACACACUUAUAAUUCCUGCUGAAUUGUUGAAAGGUUUUUAGUGUGGUAGUGGUGCUGGUAGUAAUGUUAUAGUUUUAUGCUCAUCGUAAAAUUGUUGCUUCACCUAUGGAACCAUUGUAAUACAUGGUGAAAUUUGCUUUAGUUUUACAACCUCAUCCAGCUUAGACAAAGCUGAGUGCACUGGUUGAGAAUAUAAAUUUGCAACGCUGAAGGCUACCAACUGGCAUUACUAUAUAGGUAUCAGCAUUUUACGCUAUGCCUCUGCUUGAACAAAAUAACCACUAGAAUUGCAGCUGCUUGCCUCUGAGCGAAGUAAAAUCCAGCAGAUAUGGUUUAUGGCUUUUGGAAUGUAUCUACUAGAAAAGUUGUGUCUCUUGCAGGUAGAGUUUUUAUAGGUGAGGUCUGUGAGAGUAUCGGGCCUUUUUGCAACUGUGGACUGCAUGGUGCCGAAAUAAUCAAAUCUUCCUGUAGUAACAACGGAGUUACAUUUUAAAACUCACAAAUUGCUGAUAUUUUACAAUAAUAUGCCAGCUAACUGGUCUAGAUUCCUGUUCUCAGCAAUCAACUUUGAUGGUGCUCUGAUAUUCAACCGAGUCUGCACUGUAAAGCAAUCUUCCACAACUAUAUAGACUUGUAUCCCUUGGAGGCGAUGGAGCCCCUUCAAGUAUACCAUCUGGAUGGAUUUUUGUGAACAGGAUAAUGGUUUCAGUGUAAAGAUUAAUCCGGAUUAACUGCAAUCUGCCAUCAACAAAGUGUAGAAUUCUGAUUUUGGUUUUUCCUUCUCUAAAAAUUUGUUUAGAGAGGUGAAUGAAAACAGAAUAUACUCUAGACCUUAAUUAUUACUUGUGCACACCAAAACAUGUCCAGUUUUAUUCUCAAAAUAACCAAAAACUGUAAGUUUCACUCUGCUCAAUAUAAUUAUUUGCCAAAUGGAAUUUGGAGGUACAAAAUGCCAAAGUGGCAGAGUUAAAAUAUGCCCAUCCAACUCAGGAAUGUGAAUCAACAACUCUACCAUUCAUUGCCAGGAGUAUACAAUAUACUGUUCGUUCUUUAAGCAUUCAAAAUGAAUUUGGCUUUACUUCUACAAGUGAACAGUUCUACAAAAACAAUCAUUUAAAAACAUUUGGAGCUGGAAUCCAGACUUGAGACUUGUUUUCCCCCACGGGCAAAAAAAACAAGAACAAAGUCUUACUAAAAAAUGCAGACUUACAGAAAUGCAAAAAAAACAAACCACCAAAUGGUUAUACACUCAUCAUUAAAAUCUGUUUCAGAAUCUAGAACCUCCGAACGAUCCAAGCUUUGAGCAAUACCUGGGUCUUUGGUGCCGGCUGCGCUUAGCUCUCGGGAUCUUUUUAUAGUUUUCUCUUUCUAAAGAGAGGAACCGUUUUGUAUCUAGUUUGGAUUUUUGUGCUGUGUGAGCUGAAACAUCAAGGUCAUUUUAUGAGAAUUCAAUUUUUUUUAUUAUUAUUAUUAUUAUAUAUAAUAAGCCUGUUGCUCAGACUUCCUCUGUAUCGACAAGGAUAUUAAUAACUUACAACUGCCAAUUCUAAACCUGAGAGCAACAAGGAUAUUUUGACAUUAAGACUGUUUUAUAUUUUGUAUUUUAAAACUUCCCACUUUUCAUGGCCUGUUUUUCUACUUUUCUUUUUAGAAGUUCUACUCAUCAUUUGUAAUUUUAAGCAAUAUAGACCUGGGAGAUCAAUUGUGACAUUUUAAUAAGGGUUUAAUAAAUUUUGAAAAAUCUCUCUCGUUUCUUUUUACAAAUCAAUUUAAAACAAUAUUUCCUGUUGUAUUGCAUUAGCACACCUGGGUAUUUGCCCUAUACUAGAC